AUGCAAUUAGGAUAUAAUGAAAUAAUGAUUGUCUCGAAGUAUUUUGAAGAUAUUAAUGAUUUUAUUAAUUUAGAAAUUGGAAUUAAAAGAUUUGAAGGAAAUAUGGAACAAUUUCAUUUUAAUCCAAUUCCAUUGAAUGAAUAUUCAAGAAAAUUGUUUCCUAAUAUUGAAACAUUUCAUAUUUAUAAUAAAGAAGAUAAAAUAUUUGAAGAUGGAAGAAUAAUUAAAUAUGUAAUAUGGUAUAAAGUGAGUUAUUCAAGAUAUUUAAAAGAGAAAGAAGAAGGAAAUAUUUGUAAAAAUAUCGAAUAUACACAAGAAGAUAGAGAAAAAUAUGGAAAUACAAUACAAAAAGAAGUUGAUUCACUUGGAAAUUAUUGUUUUAAAGAAUUUUCAUCAUUAACAACAAUUAAUAUACCAACAAGUGUUAUUGAAAUAGGAGAUGAUUGUUUUAGUUGGUGUUCAUCAUUAACAUAA